CGUGAUAUAAGUCUACAUAUUGUGGUAUCGAGAGCGUAUUGAAGCGUAUUCGUAGCUGCGGGAGUUGUACAACGUCAGUAGUAGUGAUUUUCACGCCGUGUAUCACAAACAGUGCCUAACCAGUGUCGUCUAUUCGUUGUGUUGCUCACCUGAAAUGGGUUCUGAGCCCUUUGCGUGGUAUGCAAAGGUGCGAAACGACGCGAACGGGAUUUGUCGUCUGCUAUGGGCUGUGCCGGAAGCUGUGUCGUCUGCCACAAUUUGGGAUUGAACCGCUUUUGUCUCGGAAGCUGGAUUGGUACUGUCUCUGACUCUUUCUUCAAUGGGUCUCAAGAAGCUGAUCAAGUGGAGCAUCAUGUGCCGAAAGGAGUUGAAGCCAAAGCCCGAUCAAGCUCCGACGCAGACGCUUCAGCCUUGGGACGCGUCUAGCCUGCACUUGGUCAGCAGUAAAACCUACCUUUGUGGCAGCAGAAAUACACGGCGCCUUCUAGUCCUCCUUGAAGAUCUCCGCCGGCUGUACGCAGACUCUUGGGCGAAAGUCAUGGGUUGUCUGGAGAAAUGCUACGACGUCAUUGAAGCCCAGAGUCCUAAUCACCUCAAAGCCUUCUGCGCCAUCAUUCUACUUUGGGUGAAGCUUGGUGAUACCAUAGCGGACACCUUCGACGUCGACAACUGGAAAGAUCCAGUCCUGGCCCGCGUGUCUUCCGCGAACGUCCGGCUUCUACGUCGCUGGAAAGACUCUAUGGAGCGGACGUCAAACUUCAUCUACGAGUGCCGUACAGAUUCAAUUCCUGAAGUGACGAAAGUGUUCGACCAGGAACAUCUAGCCUGCGAGGUAGAGACCGCAACCCUAUUUCAAGUGACCCCAGAUAGGCUUACCCAGUACGUGGACACUGUAAAAGCGUACUCCAAAAAAUCGCCCUUAAGACACAAAGACGAAAAGAAAUUCCUAAACACGGAAGCUACAUUGACCAAGUCGUUGAGCCAGUUAAACCUUCAGGACAUGGCGUCUUAACGCAUGAUACGUCUAAUGUAACGUUGGACAAAGUACGUCCGAAUGUAAGAUACGAGCUCGCGCACUCUCAAGUGCUCUUCUUGGUGUGACAUGGAUUCUUGUAAAUCGUCAGGACGCAUCUUAACGUUUCGAAAUACGAAUAUUUUAUUUAUUUUGCACUUUUUUUUUAUUUGCAGCAUCGUAUUUUACGUCGAACCUGCUUUGUUCCAUCGAUGCAAUUGCGAUAAUGCUGGUCCUUGUGAGGUACGGCAUAAGUUAAAGCUACGCUGACGUUGGUCACUGAACAGAAGUGUGAUUUGACUCGGUUAACUUUAAGCUUAAGUGCAUCACGGUGUAAAAAUGUAUCACUACUGCAUGAUGUAAAUACGACGAAAUAAAGCUACGGAUACCUCA